CAUAAUUCAGUUUAACUAAAAAGUGUCUUUACCUGAUGGCAAGCCCCGCCCACUUGCUUCAUUUCCUACUUGAUUGCGGAAGCAAAAUCAGCGAGCGAAGGUUCUUGCCUUGAUUCCCAUCGCUAUCCUGACGGGCGCCAUCAUGCAGAAGGAAACCGCGUUGUUAGCGUUGGUGCUACUCGGCAUCUGGAUGGUGGAUGGCGCGGAGAACCGCUCGGAAGCAGUGGCCGCGUCCCCCAGCAUGGUGGUGAAGGAAGGAUCCAGCGUCCUGAUUGAGUGUAACGUGACGGGGGCCCGCGGGGACGUCAGGUGGUUCAGCCCCAGCGGACGCUUGCUGGUUGGGAACCCAGACGGAAAGUGGAACAUUGACGAGACAGGACAACUCAACAUCUCAGUCAUCUCCUUCGGGGACCGUGGCCGCUACACGUGCGUCCCCUCAAAUGACUCGGGCGUCGGGGACGCCAACUACACCAUCACAGUGCGUGUGGCCCACACCGACAGCGGCCUGGGUUUGUACUACGUCACCGUCUGCCUGGUGACCUUCUCCGUCACUAUGAUCCUCAACGUGGCCCGGCUCUGCAUGGUCAGCAGCCACCUGAAGAAAACCGAGCUGGCCAUCAACGAGUUCUUCCGCACCGACGGCGCCGAGAAGCUCCAGAAGGCCUUCGAGGUCGCCAAGCACAUCCCGAUCAUCACAUCAGCCAAGACGCUGGAGCUGGCCAAGGUGACGCAGUUCAAGACCAAGGAGCUGGCGCGGCAAAUAGAGGAGCUGGCGCGCAGCAUCCCCCUGCCGCCGCUCAUCCUCAACUGUCGCACGUUCGUUGAGGAGGUUGUCAACCUUGAGACGAAGCCCGCGGAGAGCGGACAGGUAGUAGUCAACGCAGAGAAUCAGGAAGUAGAUGUCGCGCUGAUGUCCUGUGAGGAGGGACAAGGCAAUGGCGCCGACGUCAAGGUAGCGGUGCACUCGACGUACGCUUCACCUUAAUCCUCUUUACUUCAUUCAAAAACAUGCCAAUGAUUGCUGACUUAUUUGUAAUACAAGAUUGGUUGUAGCAGAGAUUCAAAUACUAAUUAAAGCUGCGAACAGCAUUGAGAGGGCCUUCGCCGAUCCAA